AGGUGACCCCCAGGCAGAGUAGCCAUGCCUGGCAACAAAGUCUCCAGGCCCUGCCAUCACUGCAAGAGCAAGUCAGCAUCUGCCCCAACAGACACCUCCAAGAUCCACUACGAGAAGUCCUGGCUGUACCGCCACUGCUCCUCGGUGCAGCAGAGGGACAGGCAAGCCCAGAAGGCUGGGCAGCUCUUCUCGGGGCUGCUGGCCAUGAACGUCGUGUUUCUGGGCAGCGCCUUCAUCAGUAGCAUGAUCUUCAACCGCGUGUACAUCACCCUGGGAGAUGUCUGGGUCCUGAUGGCCAUCCUCAAGGUCUUGUGCCUGUUCUGGAUUAUCUACUACCUGCUGGGCACCAGCCAGCAGCCUCAUGCUGUGCUGUACCGGGAUUCCCAUGCUGGGGCCAUCUGGAUCAGGGGGUCAGUGCUGCUGUUUGGCAGUUGCAGCAUCCUCCUGAACGUGUUUGAGAUCGGCUACACCACAAUCCUCAUCCACUGCAAAUCCAAGGUGGAAAUUGUGUUCCCCAGCAUUGAAAUCGUUUUUAUUUGCACCCAGGCUUAUUUUCUGUGGCAUCACUCUAAGGACUGCAUUCAAGUCCAGCACAACUUCACCAGGUGUGGUCUGAUGCUGACCAUAGCCACCAACCUCCUCCUCUGGCUCCUGGCCGUGACCAACGACAACCUCCACGUGGAGAUGGAGUCUCAGCUCCGUGAGGUGGAGAUGCGGUUUGAAGGCAACGAGACUGCCUCGUGCACGUGCUCAAACACAACCAUCUGCAAAGUCUUCCAGAAGGGCUACAUCCUGCUCUACCCCUUCAAUACCGAGUACUGCCUCGUCUGCUGCUCCGUGCUCUACGUCAUGUGGAAGAACGUGGGGAGACGCAUCAGCCACCACCACGUCCCUCACACCAAGCCCAAGUUCAAGUUCCAAGGGGUGGUCUUUGGGCCACUGCUGGGCGCCACUGCUGUGAUCACCGGGAUCUGCAUCUUCAUGAUGUACCAGAUCCAGGUCACCAGCUUGGUCUCCAGCCACCAGAUCUUCGUGAUAUAUUAUUCCUACUACGUUGUGCUCCUGCCUCUGAUGAGUGUGGGUGCAGUGAUUGGGACAGUCAUCCACGCCCUGGAAAAAAAGGAGCUGGACACGCUCAAGAACCCAACCCGCAGCCUGGACGUGAUCCUGUUGAUGGGGGCAGCCCUCGGCCAAAUCGGCAUGUGCUACUUCUCCAUUGUGGCCCUUGUGGCCUCUGACCCCAGGGACCUGUUGAACAGCCUCAUCCUCUCCUAUUCUGUCCUCCUCAUCUUUCAGAACAUCACCCAGAACGUCUUCAUCAUUGAUGGGCUCCACCGGCAGCGCUUUGUAGCCGCAGCUGAGGCCAAACAUGCCAGACCCACUGGGCAGCACGUGGUGGCUGUAGAACCACCUGGGGAAGAGGAAACCACAACAAGCAGCGAAGAGGAGUGCACCCAGACACUCCCUGGCAAGGAGGAAGAUACUAAAGAAGAGCAGAAUCGUGAAGACCAGAGACGGAUGAGUGUGCUGGAGCUGGGACAGGAGCUCCGGAAAGCUUCCCUGUCCUACAUCCAUAGCUACUCUCACCUGAGCUGGAAGAGAAGAGCAUUGAGGGAGAUCUCGUUCUUCUUGGUUUUGUGCAACAUCAUACUGUGGGUCAUGCCCACAUUUGGAGCUCAUCCUGUCUUCGAGAAUGGACUGGAGAGGUCAUUUUACGGCUACUCCACCUGGUUUGUGAUCGUGAACUUUGGGCUCCCCCUGGGUGUGUUCUACCGCAUGCACUCGGUCGGGGGGCUCCUGGAGGUCUAUGUCACUGCCUGAACCAAGCUGGCCCCCCACCCCAGAGGCUGGGAAGGGGCAGUGAUGCUGAACAAAUGUGCAGAAAGCAGCAUGUGGAAGCUUUUAAGAUUCUUCCCUCUGGCUUCUGCUUUGAAUUCUCCUUGCACACCAUCUCCGUGAGUUUCAGAAGAGGUGGGUGUUUUAUAUUAUCUUUUUGCUCCAUAGAGAAGAGACUCAAAGCCCAUAAACAAACUCUCACUACUCCAAGGACCAUGCAUGCAGUCAGCAGUCUGCCAGUGGAUGCUGUUUGGCAGCAAGUGGGACUUUACCAGCUCCUACUGAGAUCUUCCAGAUAAAAGAACACAAGAGCAGCCUUCAACAAAAGCAACAAAGACUGACCUGCACUCCACAGAACUUCAAAAUCCACAGUCAGAGGUUGCCAGCCCCACCAUUGCUCACCAACCCACCAUCCUGCAGCACAAAGAGACUGAUCAGCCACACCAGAAGCACCUACAGCCAUAGUCAUUCAGAAACGAACCAAAAGUACACUUUUUAUGUGUAAUUUUCAAAAAGAAGCUCUGAGCUGCUUUAAUGGUUAGAACAGGCACUAUUUCUGUUUGCUACUGUUGCUGACAUCUGACACAUCAACUUGUGCCAGUCCUGUGGGGCCCAGCCCCACUGAGUGCCAAGCUCCUGCAGCCCUCGGUGCUGAAGGGCAGGAGAGGCCUUCACACCUGCACCAGUUCAGUGCAUCAUUUCCCAGCACCAAAAACAGAAGCAAUAACACAACCUUGCCUUACUGAGAAUAAACACUACUUCUCUUUACAGGCAUCCCCAGAGCCUCAAGCAGCAGAGAUCACUCUGGGUGAUCUUUACUUACCAUGGAUGGUGUUAUCUCUGCUGUGGACCAGCCAAGGUCCCACCCCGGCACACAGGGCUGGUUCAAAAGUGAGCUACCGCCAAACCCACUGUGAAUCCCUCCCCACCUCCAACACUUCAUCCCUCACUGCUGCUUUGCACAUCCACAAACAUCUCCCAAACAUCUCUGUGCACAAGGGAACAGGGCUGCACAGCGGGGUGCCUGAUCAAAGACCCCUUAGAAUGUGUUCUGCAGGGGAUGCUUGUUUUGAAAGCAUGUGGGAGAGCAAGGGGCUUGGGAUUAUGGGUCUCAGAUACAGAGCCUGAUGAAUGGAAAUA